AUGAUCAGCCAGCUCUUCGUGCUGUCCCUGCGCGGCGACCCGAUCAUUCGGCGCGACUACCUCGACAACGUCCCCAAGAACGCCCACGAGACCUUCUUCCGCAAAGUGCGCUUCUGGGGGCAAGACGGCGAGCAGGCCCCUCCUGUCUUCCAGCACCACGGCGCCAGCUUCAUCCACCUGACCACGGCCGGCCUGCACUUCCUGGCGACCACCAAGUUCAACGUGAGCGCCACGGAGGUCCUCGAGCUCCUGCACCGCCUCGCCGUCCUCCUCAAGGACUUCUGCGGGGUGCUGUCUGAGGAGGCCCUGCGCCUCAACUUCUCCCUGUGCUACGAAAUCGUCGACGAGGCGGUCGACAUGGGCCUCCCGCAGCUCACAACCACCGAGGCGCUGCGCCCGCUCGUCCUCACCGAGCCCAAGGCCGUCAUGCCCGCGUCCGCCCUGGGCGCCGCGGCCGGCUUCGUCCGCGGCCCCGUCGCCGCGGCCAAGUCCGUGUUGUCGACGGGUCGCACUGACGGGUCGCGCGAAGAGAUCUACGUGGACGUCGUGGAGCGCAUCAGCGCGACGUUCGACCCCAACGGCCUCAUGGUCCUCGGGGAGAUCUCCGGCGCCGUCACGGUCCGCAGCUUCCUGACCAGCAUGGUUCCCAUACGCAUUGCGCUGUCGCCCAACCUCGUGGUCGGGCGGGGCUCCGGAGCGGGCGGGUACGGCCACGGCGCGUCGACGGCGGUCGUGCUCGACGACUGCAACUUCCACCCGCGCGCGCAGCUCGACACCUUCGAGACGGAGCGCACGAUCGUGCUGACGCCGCCAGAGGGCGAGUUCGCGGUGAUGAACUACAGGACGUCCGCGGAGUUCCCGCCGCCGUUCCGCGCGGUCGCGUCCGCGGACAUCUCGGGCGGCAACCGCAUGGACGUGGCGCUGCGUGUGCGCUGCACGCUGCCCAAGGGCAAGUUCGCGAGCGGCGUGGCCGUGCGGAUCCCGGUCCCGCCGGGCGCCACGCGCGUCAGCUUCCCCGAGCAGAGCUCGCGGAUGCCCGGGGAGUGGCUGGAGAAGGAGCAGGCGUGCGUGUGGACGUCCAAGAAGGUCGCCGCGGGCACGGAGGUGUCGCUGCGGUGCGUGAUUACGUUCGCGGCGGAGGUGGGCGCGGCGACGCGGCGGCAGGUCGGGCCCGUGUCGCUGCAGUUCACCGUCCCGACGUGGGCGGCGUCGGGGCUCGCGGUGCGGUAUCUGCAGGUGAUGACCAACGACCGCAACUACAAGCCGUCGCGGUGGGUGCGGUACGCGUCGCAGGCCGCGUCGUACGUGCAGCGCAUCUAG